AUGAGUGCUGGUGAUGUUGAUUUGAAGCAGUUGGUAGUGCUGUGUCUCAAGAGAAGAGUCAGUGCACAUGUUUUCAACUCGUUGUUCAAGCAAUUAAACCACAAGAAUGAGGUCACAAUAUCAGAUCUAGUGUCACUUUUAUCAGCUCAAGAUGAAUUCGAUCCAUUGUUGGCCUCUUAUUUGACGGCUGUGGCUACUGAGGACCAAUCCACCAACUUGAAGCUUUGCUCAUUAUUGGACAAUUUGCCAAAUGCCAUUGAAGCUAAUCAAUACUUGUUACUUAACUCUUUGACAAACACAUUCAGAGAUGAAAGAUUCAAAACUUCAUUUCCAUUCAAUUCAUUCGAGGUCAAUGACCUUAUCACCUCAAUAACUUCAUAUGUGAAGACUCUACUAGAAAAACAGCCUCAAAGUUAUGAGCUACUGGAAUCUCUAAGUUAUUUCCUCAAUGUGUUUUUUGAAAUCAUACCAUUUGAAGUGCCUCCAUUAACACAAGAACAAAAUGAUCUAUUGGCCAGUGUAUUGAAUGAAGUUAAACAGAAAAAUGCACCUCUAGCUGAAUUUUUGGAAGCUAAUAUGAUCAAAAGUCUCAAAAGAUCCUCAAUAGUCAACAUAAGACAAUCAGUUUCAUUACCUUCAUCGUCAUUACAACAUGCAGUUCAUUCUUCAUUUUUGAAAACAAAUAAAUUACCAAAAUUCAUAUGGCUCAAUUUAAUAAUACAAAACUGGUCAUCAAACAGCUCCAAACUAUUAUCUUCUUUUGAACAAUUUGUUAAAGUGAAGACGAAUCAAAAUGUCUUAAAUGAACUCAUUAGUUUAUCAUUUGAAUGUAUCACAAUUGCAUUACAAUCAAGAGACGCUUCAGACUUGGUUAUCAAAAAUUGGAAAUUAUUUUUAACAAAAAGGUUACCAUUGUUGAUCAAAGAACUCAACUUGAAGAAUGUUGAGUCUUCAUUAAGCAAUGCCUUAAAUUUAAUUGAUCCAAAAAUUUCCAAAACAAUCAAAUUAAACUCAAGUGGUGGUUCAGAUCCAAAUGAUGAUGACAUUUUCUCAUCAUUUCCAUCAACAAAUACUGAUAUUAGACACGAUUUCUUAAGAAGUUGUAUCGCCUUGAAAUUAUUACCACAAAGUGCAUUUGCUGCAAUUCUAAAAGAAGAUGCUCAAGCUGAAAAUAGAAAUCUACCCACAUCUGAUGAUGUUUUACAAAAUGGUCAACCUAUUGAUAUAUCAACUACAUUACAUGCAACUUUGAUAGAUAUAAAUCCGGAAUUUAUACCUUUAGAAGAUUCAGGGUUAUUAGAAUUUUUCAGUUUAGUUGAAGAGAUGGAAGGUACAAAGCAAGUUGAAUUGUCAAACUUAAUAUUGGAAACAAUCAAUGAGUUUAUCAAAAAUAAUGAUGUUUCUCAUCUGUACAGAUUAGCAUUAGCAUUAGGGUUAUCUCCAAGUGCUUUGCAUGCUAUUUUAUUCCAUCUUUCACCUUCAGCCUUCUUGAAACCGUUGUUGAGUUUUUUGGAUAAAUGGCAAGUUUCUAAUGAUGACAUGAACUUCCAAGAUGUUUAUUCUGCAUUUGGUUGUGUCUUGAUGUUGUUUUUAUUAAUUGUUAAAGACUAUAAAAUUUCCUUUGAAAGUUUAUUGCAAAUAAAGGAUAACCCAAAUGAACCUUCAUUUUGCAUCAAAUAUUUAACAAAAUUAGGAUCACUGAGUCAAUUUGACUCUUCAAAUACACACCAAUCAGAUUUGCUGAAUGGCUGGAUCACUGCAUUGUUUGAUUCUGGUGGUAUUUCUGAUGAUUUAAUGCGUCUGUCAACAGUUCAAGAAUGCUUCCAAUUGUUCCCUGUGAUAUUCCAACAGGCUUUUAUUGCUUGUAAACAAGGCUUGAUUGAUGAAGACACUGUUAAAGGAGGGUUAGAGUAUUUUUUGCAGCCGUUUCUGUUAAGUACAAUAGUUGGUAUAUUAUCAUGGAGUGAAACUUUCCUUUGGAAACGAAAUGAUGUUGAUUUAUUAAUCAAUUUAAUCAAGACUUUGAUUAAUCCAUUAGAUUUGAGCGGUGAGUCUGUUCAUAUCCAUAAAUUUGUUUUAUCCAUCUAUGGUCCAAACUUGUUCCAUCUAUUAUCUGAAAUCAAUAAAAAUCCACAAACUUCUGUUGAUCCAAUACUGUUAUCAAGUUUAAGACAAUCAGUCGGCCUCAAAAAACCAACAUACUUCUUUGAAUUUGAUACAAGUCCAACUUUUAUGAAAUAUUUCAGAUCAAUUUUGUAUGACAUCAACAAGAAAACAGACGUUCAAGCUUCGCCAUUAUCAUUAUUCCACACCCAAUUUAAUACCCUGUUGAAUUGGAGUCAAACCACCAUCGUUCCUAAUUAUGACUUCCAGUUGUUUUCGACUUUAUUAGAGGUUUUAGGUGAAGAAACAAUGUUGGAUUAUUUUUUGGAUCAAAUAUUUGAAGCGCAAAAUCUGAAUUCAAAACCAUCCCAAACAAUUCUUGAACUGUCAACGUUCUUGUUAGCUACUAAUUAUGUUGAGUCCAGUGUUAUUAAAGAUUUCCUUUUAAAUUGUUUGAAACAAGAGUCAUUAACGGAUGAUAGCUACAAUUCAAUUUCACCAAGUUAUAAAUUUGCAAAAGUUUUGAUAGAUAAAAAGAAAUCAAUUUCAGAUAAUGAAGCUAUUGAAAAUGAGGUCGUUCAACUGUUUUAUGAAAAGUUUAUAGAAAGUGUGCAGACAAUUGUUCCAUUGAAAUGA